AUGCCGCUGCUGGAGAAGACGGUCUGGUUGCCGUGGUUCGCGCUGAACGUGGUACUAUACCUAAUUCUAGACCGGAUCGACCGGGGGCUGUUCAAUCGCACGUUCUACCGCAACUACAGGGGAAUGCUCGUGAGCGAGAAGGAGGCUAUGGCGGAUUUCGUGCACACGAAUUACCUCAAAUCAAAGGUGUUUCCCGGGGUGCUGGAGCACAUUUCUCGCCUUCGCUCUGACGGCUUCCGAAUUGUCCUUGUUACUGGCUCUCUUGAUUUUCUCAUUGAGCCUCUUGCAAAGGAUCUCUCUGCAAGUGCAGUUUUUGCCGCGAAGCUGAAGGAGGCUGAUGGAAGGUUUACCGGGGAACUGGAGGGUGAGGCAGUGAGCAGUGCAGAGAAAGCAGCUGUGAUCAGAGGGUAUGCAGAGAGGGAAGGUAUUGCAAUGAAGGACUGCUAUGCAUACGGGGACAGCUACGCCGACUUCCAAAUGCUGCUUGAGGUUGGUCACGCCUAUGCAGUGCGGCCAGAUGAUCGACUGCGUGAGCAAGCUAUACAAAGAGGAUGGAUAGUGGUGGAAGAUUACAGCCAGCUUGGUGGACUCGAGGCAGAUGUUUAA